AUGACGACCAUUAACAUCACCGACGGUGAACUGGAUGAUAUCAAGGACCAAGUAGCAAUCAUCACCGGACUUGCAACACUACGCCGCGUGAUCAAACAUGGGGGAAAAGUUUUUGCCGGCGACCUCAACCCCCUUCCCGAGCCAGAAGCGUCUUCUGUUCCAUGGCUGAAAGUCGACGUCACUUCUUGGGAUAGCCAGCUUGCUCUAUUCAAGGCUGCCUUGCAAAAGUACGGAAAGAUUGACCACGUCUUUGCGAACGCAGGUAUCAACACGGUGGCAUCUUUGCUAGAAGACGACGUGGAUGGCAAUGGCAAUCUGCUGCCACCCAAACUAAGCACCGUCAAUGUUAAUUUGGUGGGCGUCAUGUAUACGGUUAAACUGGGGUUGUAUUACCUCAAGAAGAACCCAGGUGAUGGGAGCAUUGUCAUGACGAGCUCGGCAGCAGGUUUCUAUCGCCUGCCCUCCCCGGAUUACAACGCGACCAAGCACGCCGUCAUUGGGCUCAUGCGUGGUCUCGAGCCGCUGCUUCAUCCCAGAGUACCAAUCCGUAUUAAUGUAGUCGCCCCGUCCUGGACUGACACAGCCCUUGUGCCGCCCGUGGUCAAGACCAUCAUGGGAGAUAUAUUCCAAUCCCCGGAUGUCAUGGCUCGCGCCACUGUUCUGCUGAUGGUGGACAAGGAGCGCCAUGGCAAUAUGGUGUUUGGUCAAGGUGGCAAAUGUGUCGAGUUGGAAAAUGGAGAGAAUGGGUACGUUGCAUUCACGGACAAGACUGCUCAGAUGGUAGGCGUGAAGGAAGUGCAAGCUGCUGCACUGGCGCAGUUCGUGUAG